UAAACAACUACUUCCUCGAUCUUCACCACCUCAAAAACAUGGCUGAAAUUGCCCAUGGCAUCAUAGGAAAGGUCAUAGAGAAGCUAGGGUCCAUUGCUUACCAAGAGUUUGGCUUGGUAUGUGGUGUCAAAAGCGAUCUGAAAAGGCUUAAGCCCACCAUGUCAAUGAUUAAAGAGGUGCUCUUGGAUGCUGAAAAGAAGCAAGCAAGUGACGAGCGGCUGAGAACCUGGCUAGGGCAGCUCAACGACGUCCUUCAUGAUGCCGAGGAUGUGCUUGAUGAAAUUGAGUACCAAGCUUUAAGGAAGCAAGUGGUUGCCUCAUAUGGGAGCACUUUUAUGAAGGUACGCCAUUUCCUUUCAUCCUCUAUGGCGCAUGCAUUCCCUUUCAAACUUGCUCAUAAAAUGAAGGGCAUUAGAGAGAGGUUAGAUAAGAUUGCAACCGAUAAGGAUAAAUUUAAUCUCACUAAACAACGUGAAGACGAGCACCGGAUGAGGGAGAUGACCCACUCAUUUGUUCAUCCAUCAACAAUAAUCGGUAGAGAUAAGGACAAAGAAAAUAUCAUAAAUCUUUUGAUGCAACCAAAUGGUAGCAAAAAUGUCAAUGUAAUUUCCAUAGUCGGAUUAGGAGGUUUGGGGAAGACCGCACUUGCCAAGUGGGUGUACAAUGAUGAACGUGUAGUUGGGAUUUUUCAAUUGAAAAUGUGGGUUUGUGUGUCUGAAGAUUUUUGUGUCACAAGAUUGAUAAAAGAAAUCUUUAAAUCUGCAUGCGGUGCAAUUGGGAUUACAAUUGAUCCCAAUUGGAGUGUGGAUAUAUUGCAAACUAAAUUGAGAGAACUUUUAAAGGAUAAGAAAUUUCUGCUUGUCUUGGAUGAUGUCUGGAAUGAAAAUCAUAAUAAAUGGAUUGAAUUGAAAAGUUUAUUAAGUGAUGGUUUCAAAGGAAGUAAAAUUAUAGUGACAACACGUAGUAACUUCGUUGCCUCUGUCAUGAGCACUGAUUCCGAAUACAACUUAGAAGGCCUAUCCCAAGAUGAUUCUUUGUCUUUGUUUGUGGAAUGUGCAUUUGAGGAAGGAGAAGAGAAACAACAUCCAAACCUCUUAAAAAUUGGAAACGAAAUUGUGAAAAAAUGCAAAGGGGUUCCCUUGGCAGUGAAGACUUUAGGCAGGUUGCUUUAUUCAAAAGUUGAUGAACGGGAGUGGGAAAAGGUGAGAAAUAACGAGUUAUGGAAAUUAGAACAAACGGAGACUGAUAUGAUCUUACCCGCAUUGCGACUUAGUUACGAUCAACUGUCAAUUCACUUGAAGCGAUGUUUUGCCUUUUGUUCUCUUUACCCAAAAGACUACGACUUCUCAUCGUUUGAUUUGAUUCAAUUUUGGAUGGCACAUGGACUAAUUCGUAAAACGUCUAUUGAUAAAAAACUAGAGUUGGAAGAUGUUGGGGAGUCGUAUAUAAAUGAGUUGGUGUCGAGAUGUUUCUUCCAAGACGUUGUGAAAGUGAGUCCUUGCUUACCCUUUUAUACCUUUAAAAUGCAUGAUCUGAUCCAUGAUCUUGCAAUCUCAGUUGCACAAGGAGAGUACUGUUCAGUAGUAGACUUGGGCAACGAAGGCAUUGCUGAUACAGUUCGUCAUUUGUCAUUUUCAGUAAAAGACUUGGGUCAAGAAGUUCCAAAAUGGUUAGACAAUUUAACAAAGGUGCGCACUGUAAUGUUUACAACCGAACCACCACCGUCCUUAGCUGAAGCAUGCAUCUCGAGAUUCAAGUCCCUGCGGUUGCUUAAUUUAAAUUGUUCCUCUUUUGAGGUGUUGUCAAGUUCUAUUGGUACUCUGAAGCAUUUGAGAUAUCUCCACCUAGGUUAUAAUAAAAGAAUCAAGGAACUUCCUAAUUCCAUUUGCAAGCUGCACAAUUUGCAAACAUUAAACCUUGGUGGAUGUGACGAACUUGAACGGUUGCCCAAAGAUAUGAGGAGCAUGAUCAGCCUUAGGUUCCUUGAAUUCUCUUCGGAUUUUGGUUGUGGGUAA